CUUUAGAACGAAUAUUUUUUAGCUUGCAAAAGGAGUUUUAUUUUAAUUUUCGCGAGGUAUAUGUGAUACGUUGUAUAAUGUAGCAUUUGAUAAAAAUUAUAUGUAUAUAUCACAAUAUACAAUAUCAGAAUAAAGUGGGAGAAGGUUCAUUAAGAUAAAGUAACUGAGAAAUGAUAUGUUGACAAAUGCACAAAUAUAUGAGUCUUACACACUUUACUGUAUCAUCUGCCAACAAUCGUAAAUUAUAGGUCAUUGCGGUGUUAUCAAUUACUAAAAAAAUUUUCUAAUCGAUAUCGUUCCUAAAUAUAAAGCACUCACACUCUUCUUACGUGUUCAUUUUUACGCAUUUUACGCAUUUAAUUAAGGUUAAAUAUUUCUGAAAAUUUUAAAAGACGUAUAAUGGAUAUUCAAAAGUUGGCUAAUGCUACAAUGAAUUUCGAUCGAUCUGCAAUAGAUGAAAAAAUUAAUUCUAUACGUUAUAGAGUUAAUAAAUUGGAAAAUCAUGUUAAAACUGCUUGGUUGGUAAAAGCAAUAGGUUUCAUAGAUUUAACUACUUUAGGAGGUGAUGAUACACCUUCAAAAAUUGAAACUUUGUGUACUAAAGCAGUAAACCCUCUUAAAUUACCAGGUAACUCACAUUUGCAUACUGCAUCUGUAUGUGUAUAUCCCAUGAGAUUUGUAGAUGCAAUGUCUAUAUUGGAAAAACUUGAUAAAGAACAUAAAAUUUCCAGGGCUACUGUGGGUGGAGGAUUUCCAUCUGGACAGUUUCCACUAGAAACACGUCUUCGUGAAGUAGAAAUAGGUGUUGAACUAGGAGCUGAUGAAAUUGAUAUUGUUAUUAACAGACCAUUGGCUCUGAUGCAACAAUGGAAAGAAUUAUAUGAAGAACUAAAAUCAUUUCGUGUUGCUUGUGGUAACAAAUGUUUGAAAGUCAUACUUGCUACAGGAGAGUUAGGUAAUUUAGAGAAUGUAUAUAAAUCAUCUAUGAUAGCAAUGAUGGCCGGAGCAGAUUUUAUUAAAACAUCUACUGGAAAAGAAGCAAUAAAUGCUACUUUGUCUGCUGGAGUUAUUAUGUGUCAGGCAAUCAAGGAUUAUUAUGAAUCCACACAGAGAAAGGUUGGUUUAAAACCUGCUGGUGGUAUUAAAGUUUCACAGGAGGCUUUAGAAUGGAUGAUGUUGGUUCAAAUGGAAUUAGGAGAGGAAUGGCUAUCUAGAGAUUUAUUUAGAAUUGGUGCCUCUAACUUAUUGGACAACAUAGUUGAAGCAAUACAAUCAAAUUAAUAUAAUCAUUUAAUCUUUUUUAAAUAGUUAUUGUAAUUUUGUAAUACUUUUAUAUCCAUUUAUUAAAAGAUUUAUAUAUUAACAAA